AUGCUUGCUCGGCCUGAACAGCAGCAGAACCCGGGGCUCGACAAGAAUGGACGGCCUCUUCGUGGGAAAGCGGCGCCCCCGUACGUUGAUGAGGGAGUGAUUAUUGGCCGCUUCAAGUUCGCGAAGAUGAUCGGCGGCGGCGGAUUUGGGCAAAUCUACCGGGUCGUCAACAUUGAUAACGGGCAACUGGUGGCCGCCGGAAAAGUCGAACCCCAGGGCCAAGACCAGGGCCGAAUGAUCCUCGAGUGCCAGGUGCUCGUCCUGAUGCGCGGCACCCCGCACUUUCCCACUAUGUACUGCUCCGGCGAGUACGGGCGCUACAACUUCAUCGUGAUGGAGCUGCUCGGGCGCAACCUGGCCGACAUCCGCAAGAAGCAGCGCACCCGCCGCAUGAGCGUCCCCACCACCUUCAAGCUGGGCAUCCAGCUCGCCGAUGCGUUCCAGUCGCUCCACCAGAAGGGCUUUGUGCAUAGGGAUGUGAAGCCGUCGAACAUGUGCCUGGGCCACGGCUCCAAGGUCAACACCUGCUUCCUCGUCGACUUUGGCAUGGCGCGCAAAUUUAUUGGACCGGAUGGGCGUAUCAGGCGAGCCCGCAGCUACGCGGCGUUCCGCGGUACGAUGCGCUACGUCUCGAUCCGGGUGCACGAGCGUCAUGAGCAGACACCGGCCGACGACUUCAUGUCGUUGUACUACACGCUGCUGGAGUUGGGCGAGGGCGCCCUCCCCUGGCGUCUCCUCACCGACCACGACGAGAUUUUGGCCCAGAAGCUGCGUUACGACUUUCCCAAGCUUAUCGCGUACACCCCUCCGAAAAUGGGCGACUUCUACAAGCACAUCAAUGAGCUCGCCUACGACCAAAUGCCCAACUACGACCUCAUCAGGCAGAUCUUCAAGAACUGCAUGCCCCCGGGCACCAACGUCUCCGAGCCGUUCGACUUUGACCAGGAAGCCGUCGCGAUGAGCUACUACGGC